AUGGCAGCAACGGCACGGGUCCAGAUAUCACUUCCUGCUCGUGGUGACCUCUUCCACAGCGUCUCGAACUGGACAAGGAUCUUCUGCCUACACUCGGGGAACUGGAGAGGGGCAGUAGCAUCGCUGGUGAAGAAUGAAGGAGACGUUACCAUAGGCUCGGUAGUGGAGCUGAGCGACGAACAAGUUUCCCUUCUCGACAAGUUUGAGGUUUCUUAUCACAAAGAGUCAAUGAGAGCGAUGGUCUACUCGCCAGACGGCAUCCCCGAGCACGAGCUUGACGUCUUCGCGUACGUGGCCGACAAGCCUUCCUGGAAGGGCCCCCCUAGCGAGCAGUACCUCGUUGCUAUCUACCGCCACCUCCGGGAGCACUGGAGGGCCCCGGGCCUUCACAUCCCCAUCAACAGGUGGGAGGAGGAGGCAGGACGGGUUCAGAACGUCUCCGACUGGACCCACCCGGGUAUCGACAAGCUGCAGCUCCCUUCCCUCUUCAUCGAGCUCAACACCCGCCUCCCCGAGCCUCUCGUCAUGCCGAGGUCCAUCCGAGUCCUCGAGGAAGCUCUUGCUCAAGACUCCUGCGUCUCCUCCACUGCCGAUCUCCACGACGCUCUUGCCGUCGACGCCAGGGCUGACCUGCUGCGCACCUUGAAGGAGGAAGGGGUGUGGAACCUUCGGGAGAUGCUUGGAAGGCAUCGUGUCUUCAUGUACGCCAACCCCGCUACGGGGCUCGGAGCAUGCAGCAUGUGCGGGCCAGCGACUACCGACGCGAACUUCCUCCUCGUCUCCGGUCCUGGUGGGCACCUGCUGGCGGCUCCUGCUCCCCAGCAGGGGGGAGCCGGGGAGCCGGUGGAGGGUCAAGUAAUGGUGAUGCCUCCCCAGGGGCUGGGGUUCGUCGACGAAAUCUACGCGAGGUGGGGAAUGAAACGGCAGAGGGUGAGGGUGGCGAAGAGGAAGGAGGAGGAGGAGGAGGAGGAGAAGUUUGCCUGGAUGUAUGUGCAUGAUCCGUUGGCCCUCCUGGGCCUCGUCCAGCAGGACCCCAGCAACUACAAGAUGAUUCCUGCGAGAUGGCAGUAG